CGCCGCUCGCUCGCCGCCCUAGCCUCUGCCCUUCACUGAGAGGGAACCCAGGUGAUGGCAGCCAUGCCCCUGAAAGCCUGGCACCAGGAGGUGGUGACCUUCGAGGACGUGGCUGUGUGCUUCACCCGGGCAGAAUGGGCUGGCCUUUCUCCUGCACAGAGGGCCCUGUACAGGGAAGUGAUGCUGACAAAUUAUGGAAACUUGACUUCCCUGGGAUACCCAGUUUGCAGACUGGCCCUGAUCUCACUUCUGGAGGGAGGGACCAGGGAUUUGCCCUGGGUCCUGGAGGCACAGGAUGACCCACCUGCAGAGAGGACCACGGAUGUCUCUAAAGAUGCUGAGGCCAACAUUGACAGUGAGUCCACAUCAACACAGGGAAUUUCUGAAGAAAGAGAUGUGAUGUCACAUGGGCUGCCAAAGAGUGUUUUUCAGGAAACUGACUUCCCAGAAACAUGUGAACUGGUGAAGCACCAGGAAAUCCCCAUGGUGAAAAAUAUUAAAAGAAAAGAUGAGAGAAUCCACUAUGCAAGGAAACCCUUCAGAUGUGAGGAGUGUGGGAGAUGCUUCGGCUUUUUUUCUUACUAUAUUAGACACCAGAGAAUCCACAAUGUGGAGAAAUCCUUUGGGUGUAAUGAGUGUGGAAAAGCCUUUAAUGGCAAUUCUUCAUUAGUUCGGCAUCAGAGAAUCCACACUGGAGAGAAACCCUAUCAGUGUGAGGAGUGUGGGAGAGCCUUUAAUAAUAGUGCAAAUCUGAUCCGGCAGCAGAGAAUUCACAGUGGGGACAGACCCUAUCUCUGCAAGGAGUGUGGAAAUGGCUUCCCCAGUAGUUCUGAUUUGGUUGUGCAUCAGAGAAUCCACACUGGGGAGAAACCUUAUGAGUGUAAUGAGUGUGGAAAGGCUUUCACUGGUCAGUCAACAUUAAGUCGGCAUCAGAGAAUCCACAGUGGAGAGAAACGGUAUGAGUGCAUCAAGUGUGGGAAAACCUUCAGGACUUCCUCCCAGCUACAUCAUCACGAGUAUGCCCACCCUAGAGGGAAGCCUGUCCUGGACCUUGGUUCUUGUGGCCUCCCAGCAUUUUUUAGCCCCUUUUCAUGGUAAUUAUUAACUGCGCUACUUUUUUUUUGCCACUCUGUCCCCACUCAACAGUCCAUGUGGUUUAGGUGGGGCUCCAUUCCCCACUGCAAGGGUGGAAUUUGUGGCCUAGUCUGGCUCUUCUAUGCUGUUCCUUCCACUAGCCACAAUGAUAGGUUCAGGUGACCCAAGUUCAUCCAAUCACAAUGGACCCUUUCACUGUGGAAAACCUACCAGGAAGCGACAUUCUUUUCUGCUGGACGUGGAUGUUAGCCUUUAUCCAUCAUGAUGGCUGGGAAGAAAGCCAGCCCUGCAGAUGACAGACUGAGAAAUGCAGAGAACUAAGUCUACCUCUGGGUUUUUUAGCGACAUGAAUCAAUAAAUUCCAUUUUUUUGCUUAA